AUGGCCGCAGCCACACCAGUGUGGACGUCUUUGAUAGCGUUCUGCUUCGAGGGCGAUAAGGGCCACCUCAUGAACAACCAGGCCAUGCAUCCGCACAGUCGGUAUGCUGUCCGCGGUGAUCUGGCCAGCCUCCUUGUGCAUUGGGACGACGUCCUGGAGCGCCUCGUCGCCAUUGCAGAGAGUUCCAGCGCUGCUGCGGCGCUGCCCCGCGACGGGGAAACGUUGACCCACUCGAUUCGCUUCGAGUUCUGGAUGAAAGACAAGGACUUGUCGAAGCACUUGAAGCACAUGCGCCUCCGCGCUCGCGUGGUGCUGCAACUCGACUGGGAGCUCACCGACCGCGGCCACCCCGCUUUCUGCAAAGCUGCUGCGGGCGAUCCCGCGACCAUCCGCGCAGCGAAGGAGGCUUUCGAGAGGCGCGUGAAGCAGCGCUACCCGUGGCUCGGCACCUCUGGGGACGCAGACGGGGCGGCCCCGCCGAACGUUGAGAAAGCGACGGUGGUGGCGGAGCCGCCCAGGAGCAGUGCGCGGGAGAACGAGCACGCGACUCCGGCGCUGGCCAGCACAGACGUCGCGUCUGUCUUCGACGAUGCCAGACCGACCCCCUGCGCACCCACAGAUGCGACGUGGCAGGGGGCGUCGGGCCAGCGUCAGCAGCGAUCCAUGGGCGGCGGGCCAGUCGCCCCGUGCGUCGCCGACGCGGCCAUGUUGGAGCAGUGGAAUGGGAAGUAUCCCGCGAUUGCGUUCCCGCGCACCCUACUGCGGCAGAGCGGGGGGCCAGACUUCACGAGGGCCUGGCGCAAUGGUGCCGACGUCGUGCAUCGACGACGGGCAACGGGGCGGUCCGAGGAAGUGGAGAACUGGCCAUCCAUCGGCAUGGGGAUGUGGCUGGCAGGCAUGCGCCGCCGAGUGAAGCACCAGAUCCGAUCGGACUGGCUCGUCGUCCCGGGCAUGCGCAACGCCCACUUCCGCUUUUUGGGCUUCACCGCGAAUUCGGGGAGCAACGCGAGGGAGUACCAGGACGAAGAUGGAUCAGCGUUCGCGGAGG